CGAUCGAGGGCGGGAGUGUCGACCGUCGUGGCGCCGCAGCAGGAAGCCUGACUGGAGUCGCGUUUUCUGGUGAGCUCCGAGAUCGAUUUGCGCCGGUGCACGGAGGAUUGUCGGGGAGCCGACUGCACACAGAGUUGUUUCGAAUCGUCCGGCACGCGUGUGGGGCUGCGUUUGGAACGAGUCGUCUCCGCUGCGUCACGUACAACCGAACGUGCGUCCUAUUCCAGAAUGGCCGAGAUAGAUGUGUCCCCCGCGAAGGACAGGAGCGUGUUGAAGGAGAUCAUCAAGGAGGGAGUGGGCGAUCUCACCCCCAUGAACGGCUGCAACGUCAAGGUCCACUACACCGGCACCUUGCUGGACGGCACAAAGUUCGACUCCAGCAGGGACAGGAACGCGCCGUUCAAAUUCAAUCUCGGAACCGGCACCGUUAUCAAGGGAUGGGACAUCGGAGUCGCCACCAUGAAGAAGGGUGAGACUGCCAUGCUGACGUGCGCCCCCGAAUGCGCCUACGGCGAGAAUGGUAGCCCGCCGAUGAUCCCACCCAAUGCCACGCUCAAGUUUGAGAUCGAAUUACUUGAUUGGUGUGGAGAAGAUCUAAGUCCGAAUAAAGAUAAGAGCAUCCAGAGAUACCAGAUCGUCCCUGGCCAAAACUACACGAAUCCGGAGGAUGGCAGUGCCGUAAAGAUAUACAUGAUUGGACGGUACAAUGGUAGAGCUUUCGAAGAUAGAGCUGUAGAAUUUAUCCUUGGCGAAGGAGAAGCCAUGGGAAUUGUGGAGGGUGUGGAGAUAGCGCUGCUGCGCUUUUCGAAAGGCGAGAAGUCCAAGCUGCUAAUUAAAAGCCAGUAUGCAUUUAAGGAGGAAGGAAACCCGAAACACAAUAUUCCGCCGAACGCGGAGGUGGAGUACGAAGUAGAAUUACAGAACUUCGAGAAGGAGGCAACCGCAUGGUCGUUGAAGCCAGAGGAAAAGAUAGAACAGGCAAAGAUGCAGAAAGAGAAAGGAACGCAGUACUUGACAUCGGAUAAGAUCAGUCUAGCCAUUAAAGCAUACCAGAAAGUCUUCAAGUACUUAAAUGCGUCAGAUUUCACGGAUGAUCUCAAAAAGGAGAGGGAUAGCCUCAUGUUGGCGGGCCACCUAAACCUCGCUCUGUGUUACCUGAAAACCAAUGAUAACCUUUCGGCCAAGGAGCAAUGUGCCAAAGCGCUAGAACUGGAUCCGCAGAAUGAAAAGGCGCUGUUCAGAAGAGGACAGGCGCACCUUGGGCUCGCAUCGCCUGAAGUCGCUGUUAACGAUUUCCAAGAGGUCCUAAAAGUACAGCCGAAAAAUACGGCCGCGUCUAAACAAAUUUUAAUCUGUAAUGCUCUUAUUAAGAAGCAAUUAAUUAAAGAGAAGAAACUUUACGCGAACAUGUUCGAUAAGUUUGCGCAGGAAGAUAAGCAGAAGGAGGAGCAAAAACUGAAGGAUCAGCCAGAUGUGAUGCGCGGGACUCUAGGAGAAUGGGGACAGGAGGAGAGACCAGGAGGCAGAGACGCGACUGCCUUUGAAAAGGAAAAUCCUAACAUACUCAUGCUCAACGCUAAUGGUUCUGGUGAAUUCAAAAACAUGUAAAACAAUGACUCGUCGAAAGCUGUUACUCCGUUACACUGCCCCGUAACUGCCAACGAACUGCAGUCCCGUCAAGUUUUGUUUCCAGUGCCUAAGUACUGCUAUCUUUUAUAAAAAUUGAAAAUUACACUUACUAGUAUCGAACACCAGUAUCGAGACAUUAAGUGUUUAAUUUUAGUACGUGGGGUUGACGCGGGUCAAUACGUGCGAAAGUUUUCUGUACUUACGCGGUCACUUACGCAGCAUCAAUUACAAAAAUAUCUCAAACGUAUCUUCGACCUCGAGCAGACAUACGGUAUACAUUUCCGACUUCUGUCAAAUUGUGUGUAACGAUUACGCAAUCAUUGUAUCUCAACUUACGCCAUUCCAUUAUAAUGCAGUGCCAUUGUUUAAGCUUGAACAUGUCGGUCAUUAUUUUGUACAUUGUAUGCGCAUGGAAUCGGACGUUCAGACAACUGCUUGUACAUCAGUGCAAGAAAAAAUAUACAAAGCUGAUGUGCACCGGUCACAAUUGUAUAAAAGUAGCUCAUUAGCGAGAAACCUUUUCUCACGCCGUCUACUCUGAUUCGUGAAUUAUGUAUGACGUUACAGAGCCAAAACGGAACAUUGCAGAAUUAAAUAUAAGAAAAUCUGAUGAAGAUUCAAAUGUCAUUUCA